AAACUGUAGAGCAAGAAACUGCUGGAUGAAUAGUAGUUUUCUUCCAUAUCAUGAAGUGUUCAAAAAUCUAUUACCUUGAUUGGUAAGACGGAACACAUUGCUUUUGUCCUAUAUUCAUAGAGGAAAUCCACCAAAUUUGGGAGAGCAGAUUAUUUGACUUCACCAGAAGCUUAUUUGCAGAACUAUGAGACUCCCUUCAGUAGAACAUCAUUUUUGGUCUUCUCUCUCUUUUUAAUAUGCACAAUGGCUGGAGAUAUAGUCUAUGCUGAUAUUAAAAUUGAUGGGAAUCUUUCUUUAGAAAAUUCAUCCUCCCUUCAGAAAUCUGAUCCUCGCCGUCACAGAAUUUUCCUGAAAGUUGGAUGUGCAAUGAUCAUCAUUCUCUUUGUAACAGUAAUUGUGCUGAGCAUUUUGGUUACCCAGUUCAAAUCUGCAAGACAUAAUACAGUGGAAAAUGAAUCAAAAGAGAAAUUCUGUACUGAGAAAAAUAAACCUAGAAAAAUCACCUCAACAGUUUCUUUCAAUUUUUCCACUGUUCAUAAAUCAUGCCCCUCUAAAGACUGGAAGCUACAUGGGGGAAAAUGUUACUGGAUUGGUGAAGAUAAGAAAUCUUGGGAUGAAAGCAAAAAUGACUGUGCCAUGAAAAAUUCACAUCUCAUGGUGAUUCAAGACUUCACUGAUAUGAGUUUUCUGUGGCGGUACCUAAAUACUUCAGUGUUUUACUGGAUUGGCUUAACUAUUCCACCUGGAGGGCAAUCAUGGACCUGGGUAGACAACAACCCUUUCGACUCCCAUCUGUUUUCAAUAGAGGAAAAACGGAUAACCCGGAGCAAGAAAUGUGCCCAGGUGUCUCGUAGUAAGGUAGCCAGACAAAACUGUGAGCAAAAUGAUCAAUGGAUUUGUCAGCUCUAAUUCACGCUGCAGAACAUCAGUCUCCAUUUCUCUGACUGAAAGAUGCCACACGAAGUUUGAUGUCAGACUAUAUCAUAGUCCAGAGGGCCGUGUGUGUGGGGUGGGGGUGCGAGCACAUUUCCUAGUGCUUAUUUAACAUAUCAGAUCUAAAAUCUCAAAGGCAUUUCAAGCUCAACGUGUGAAAAUAAUUCAUUAACUUGCCUCACAAAAGGAACAACCCUCUAGCACUUGGCCUCUCAGUCAAUAGCACGCCACCCAAGAAAUUACACAACCUAUAAACCAGCUGUCUCAUCACCACCCUCUCUCUGGCCCACACUUCUGGGCUGUUCUCCACUCUGCCUCUCACAAAACCAAGUCUUGUCACCUUUUUUACUAAAUAUCUCUCAAAUCUGACCUCUUCUCUUCAUCGCUUUCACAAUUUUAAUAGCAAAGAAUUAAAAUGUUAAAUAACUGCCAUAACAGGGUCUUCCUGUUCUAUUCCUAACCCAUUUCAAUUAUUCUCUGACAUGUAAUCUAGGUGACAUUUAAAAACUAUGUAUACUAAAAAUACAACCCUUCUUUUGAAAGAUACUUUAACAUCUUUCUUAAAAUAACACCAAACUCCAUAACACAGCUUAGAAAUCCCUUGUCAGGUCCAAUCCUUGCUUACUUAGUCAGUGUCUGUCUACACAAAACUUAGCAAAACUCCCAGCACCACAACCGCAUUAGACUAAAUUUCAAGAACUCAUACAGAAUUUUACCACACUGCAUUACAGACAUUUUCCCUAUACCUGGAAUUCUCUUUUCUCUCUUCUCCAUCAAGUGAGCCCUCAAACAUUCUCUCUAUAUAAGCUGAGUUUUUAAGGUCAGAUUAAAUGUGUGUGGGGUGGGGGUGCGAGCACAUUUCCUAGUGCUUAUUUAACAUAUCAGACCUUGAGCUCCAUGACAAGGUCGAAUUUCCCAACAUUAGAGUCCCCUCCCCAGCACUUACCACAUUUUGGGUCUUACAUAUGUCAGUCUUUGAGUGAAUAUUUGAUUAAUGUUCUCCACCCUCCCGUGACUGUAAAUUACAUAAGGUUUCGGUAUCUGUUUUUGAAUUUCUAGUGCCUUUUAAAGUGUCUAGCACAUAAUAAAUACUCGAAAGAUUA